AUGAAUCGUAGCUCUCGCGGCCCGCAGGUAAGAAACGUUGGCGUGCGAAAGCGCGGCGAGGCCGAGGGGAGUAGGGGCGCUAGUCCCAAACGGAGAUGCUACGAUGCAGGAGGGCGCCGUGCAAGUAAGAUGGUACGGAGUCGUAUCGUCUCGACAGAGCCGCUGGAUCGAUUCCUAUUGAAUGGCUUAUGGAUCUCGUGCUCCUCUAGAUGUAAGGCAGGGCUCGGAGGGCCAGAGGAGGGCAAAACACUGCGUGCGCGUUGGCGGGGGCGGGGGCGGGAGCCCGGCGGCUGA